UGCUUUUCCUGAAGGACUUCCUGCACACAGCAGAGAAGCACUACAUGGUUGGCUACAAGGUUGACUACUACAUAUUCACUGACAGACCUGGAGACGUUCCAAAUGUUACCCUGGCGGAAGGGAGACGGGUGAGAGUGUUGAAGGUGCCCAGCUCCAACCGCUGGCAGGAGAUUUCAGCUCGCAGGAUGGAGAUGAUCCAGACGACCAUCGAGAGUACGAUCAGGGGUCACGCUGACUACAUCUUUUGUCUGGACGUCGACUCCAAGUUCCACGCUCACUUUGGGGUGGAAGCUCUGGGUCGACUGGUUGCCACGAUACACCCAGGUUACUAUGCUACUGAGCGAGGAAGCCUUCCGUACGAACGCCGUCCUGAGUCACGGGCCUACAUCCCCUUUGGGGAGGGAGACUUCUACUACGGAGGCGCCGUCUUCGGAGGACUGCUGGAGGAUGUCCGCACCAUGGCAGAGAUCUGCCGUCGGAAUUUUGAGGCGGACGCGGCCAAUGGGAUCGAGGCAGCGUGGCAAGAGGAGAGCCACCUGAACAGGUACUUUACGUACAACAAGCCGUCUAAGUUGCUGUCGCCUGAGUACCUGUGGCAGGACGUGGCUGGCCGGAGCAAGCAUGUCAAGAUCAUUCGUUUCUCAGGGGUGGCCAAGAACUAUGCUGACUUCCGGCCCAACUGAGGGUAAAGGGAAGUGAUGUAAUAAACUGUUUCAACUGAGGAGAAGGGAUGUGAUGUCAUAGACUGUUUCAACUGAGGGUAAGGGACGUGAUGUCAUAAACUGUUUCAACUGAGUGUAUCCUA